GCACUUAUACUUACUGUAACAUGUUCUUGUCCAGAUACAUGGGUACCAUAACUGGUAUUAGUGAUUUAGAUCCGGUCCGCUGGCCAAAUUCACACUGGCGCUCUGUGAAGGUUGGAUGGGAUGAGUCUACUGCAGGGGAGAGGCAGCCAAGAGUUUCGUUGUGGGAGAUUGAACCUUUGACAACAUUCCCAAUGUAUCCAUCUCCAUUCCCCUUAAGGUUGAGGCGCCCUUGGCCACCGGGCCUACCUUCUUUAUAUGGUCUCAAGGAUGGAGACAUGGGCAUUGGUUCUCCAUUCAUGUGGCUCCAAGGUGGGCUUGGGGAUCAAGGAAUGCAAUCUUUAAACUUCCAGGGGCUUGGUGUUACACCAUGGAUGCAACCUAGACUUGAUGCUUCUAUACCAGGUCUCCAACCAGAGUUGUACCAAGCAAUGGCUUCUUCUGCAUUCCAGGAAAUGAGGACAAUGGAUCCUUCAAAAUCUUCCCAAUCUCUGUUGCAGUUCCAGCAGACUUCAAAUGUUCCCAGUGCUCAUACCUCUGAGGUACAGAGGCAACUAUUACCACAGUCUCAGCCUCAAAACACCAUUCUACACAAUUUUCAAGAAAACCAGGUGCCUGCUCAGUCACAACUUCUGCAGCAACAAUUGCACCGAUACCACCCAUAUAGUGAUCAACGGCAACAACAGCAGCAACUUAAAAGCUUGCCUGUUCAGCAGCAGUUACCAAAUGUCAUCUCUCCUUUAUCUAAUUUUGCAUCAGGUACCCAGUCUCAAUCUCCUCCCUUGCAAGCCCUGGCUUCACAUUGCCAGCAGCAGAGCUUUCCUGAACCUAUCAGGAAUCAUAUUUCCGGCUCUGAUGUUUCCCCGAUCCAGAGUCUACUAGGUUCAUUCUCCCAGGAUGGAACAUCCCAGUUACUUAACUUAAAUGGAUCCAAUUCUGUUAUAUCUUCUGCAGCCAUAAUAUCCAAGCAAAUAACUGUUGAACCUCAACUUCCAUCUGCUGCUUCUCAGUGUGUAUUGCCUCAGGUAGAAAACUUGGGAACAUCACAAUCAAAUGUUUCUGAACUAGCUGCCUUGCCUCCAUUUCCUGGAAGAGAACAUUCUGCUUACCAUGGUGCUGCUGAUCCUCAGAGCAAUCUUUUAUUUGGGAUUAACAUUGAUCCCUCUUCUCUUAUGCUGCAAAAUGGAAUGUCAAACAUCAGAAAUAUAGGCAAUGUGAAUGAUUCUUUAUCAUUGCCAUUUUCUGCUUCAAAUUGUGGUGGUGCUACGGGCACUGAUUUCCCCUUAAGUUCAAACAUGACAACUUCGAGUUGUGUGGAUGAAUCAGGCUUUUUGCAGUCUUCUGAAAAUGUAGACCAAGCAAAUACACCAACUGGAACCUUUGUUAAGGUAAUAGCUAAUGUCUUUUUUGUUUAUUUAGUUGUAUGCCUUUAUAUAUAUAUAUGUACCACUCCCAAUUCGAAGCACCCAACGUACCCAACGAAGGAGGCUCACCAAUCUUGCCUAGCAGAUCGUCCCCCUUUGACCGAUCUUCGCCAUAGUAGACGAGCAACAGACAACAAAGAUCACGCACCAAGAAUGGACGGAGAAGCGACAUUGAGACGGCUGAUCAAGGAGGUCGAUCAAAUGCGACAACAACAUGCUACUGACCUGGAGAACAUGCGUGCCCGACACGAAGCUGACCUAGCGGUGCUACGAGUUGAGAAUGAGCGCAUCCGCGCCCAGCUUCCACAACGCCUCCCUGAUUAG